AAACACUCUUUCGCGGGCUAUCCUGAAAACGGAUGGAUGAAAGAGGCGAUAACGAGCUGCUCACUAAUUCUCUCAUCAAUGGCGGGAGUUGUACCAUCAUCAAUAUCUCCUUACACACUCUUGCAUUCUUCCCACGACAAGCUUCUUACAAUCUCGAAAUCCUAUAUCUCUCCUCCUUCCCUCGGCUACGCCAAAAAGCACUCCGUCGUAUGCUUCUCAUCCAAGAAGGGAAAACGGGGGUUUUUCGACGUGAUUCUUGACUAUAUCGAAGGGGGGCCGAAGUUGAGGAAAUGGUAUGGGGCACCUGAUCUUGAUUCAGAAGAUGGAUCCAUUUUAGAGGAAACAGUUGAAUCUUCAGAAGAUGAAAUUAGGGACGCAGUUUUGGUAACCGAUGGUGAUGAUGAAAUUGGUCAGACAAUUAUUCUGUCAUUAAUAAUAAAACGGAUUAGAGUCAAAGCACUUGUGAAAGACAAGCGUGCUGCAAUGGAAUCAUUUGGUACUUAUGUUGAGUCAAUAUCUGGAGAUCCAAAGGAUUCUUCAUUUUUAAAGAAAUCCCUGAAAGGUGUUCGAGCAAUAAUUUGUCCCAAGGAAGGUUUUCUAUCUAAAGUUGAGAGCUUGAAGGGUGUACAACAUGUGGUUAUACUAUCUCAGUUGUCUGUUUAUAAAAGUAGUAGUGGGGUUCAAGCAAUUAUGAAUAGUAAUGCAAGAAAGCUAUCAGAGGAAGAUGAAUCUGUGUUAGUUUCAUCAGGAGUCCCAUACACAAUUAUCAGAACUGGGUUGCUAACAAAUGAUCGUGGGGGAAAGUCUGGUUUUAGUUUUGAAGAGGGUUGUACAGAAAAUGGAAGUCUUAGCAAGGAAGAUGCUGCAUAUAUUUGCAUUGAAGCUGUUGAUGUAGUGCCAGAAAGAGGACUGGUAUUUGAGGUUGUUAAUGGUGAAGAAAAGGUUUUGAACUGGAAAGAUCAGUUUGAGAGAUUGAUGAAGCAAGCAUAGCAACAUGGUCUAAUUUAUUUGAUUUAUGUGAGGUCGUUGUUAAUGGUGAAGAAAAGCUUCUUAUGCUUUAGGAAACUAUUUAAAAUCUCUCUUUACUUUUUGUAGAUUCUUUCAUUUCUCAUGUUUUCUCUCUCUGUGCUUAAGGCUUGUUUGUAUAUGUAUUCAUCUUGUGUAUCAAUAAUGUAAGUGAUUUUCUCUCCUAA